AUGAUGGAAAAGAUACUCCCCGGUAUUGUCCAGCCGCAGAAGACGGCUCCGGAUGAGGAUGUGAACUCAAAAGUCAGCGGUGGCCCCAUUAUCUCAGACGUCCUGCCCAAGACCAAGGGCAUCAAUAUAUUUGCUCGGUUGACCCGUGACUUUGAUCCGAUCGCCAGUCGACUUAACGAUGCGUCCAAGAAUUUAACAGUUCUAGCACCACGGAAUAGUGCAAUCCAGGCUCUUCCGAGAAAGCCCUGGGAGAAUCCAGAGGACUACAGGAAGUUCGGAGAAAUAAAUGCAUAUGAGGGCCAGGAUGGUCAAGACCGGGCCAAGCGGAAUCUCCAGCGAUUUGUGGAGGCCCAUCUCAUCCCUGCUAGUCCUUGGAGGGUUGGGGAAGAGGUUGAGACGCUUGCAGGGGAGAAGUUGAAGUGGACGAAGGAGGGCGACAAGAUCUUUAUCCAACCUGGCAACAUUGAAGUUGAUUCAAUUGCGGAGAAGGUCCAUAAUGGAGAAGUUUGGAUCUUGAAUGAUGUCAUAAACUACUGUCGAGAGUGA